AUACAAUUGAACCGUAUGGUGACACACAAUUGCUCAUUGUCCUUUAUACACGUUUGAUAUACAGAGCCGACAAAAUGCGUUACGUAAUGAAGAACACAGCUGGUAUAGCUGUUCUCGCAUUGGCAUCGAUAAUUGAUUCGCAGCCCAUAGACUAUACUGUCACAUGCGGUGAAAAAAGUCAACUAGACUUUUUGCAGUGUAAUUCGAUCGCACAGACUCUAGUUCCUGAUAUAACGUGUUGCCGGUACUAUAAUAUGUGCGGUGAUUUGACGAGGUGUUCAGAAGAAAUGUGUUGUCAGCUCCAGCUGGGGGAAACGACUGAUCAGUCAACAACUUCACAGAACACGGAUAGUAGUACAAUAGUAACUGAUAAUAGUUUAACUAUAGUAACGGCUACUAUAUCUGCCACUACUGCAGCUACCGAAGAUAACAAUACUAACGCAAGCACGAUUGUAGAGGACGCGAGCAACACCACAGCUACAAGUACAUUCGCAGAGAGCAAUGAUAUUACAGCCACAACAGCGGAAGUAAUAACUAAUACGGCUACAGAAUUAGAAACUAAUACACCCGACGACGAACUUGAGCUGGUAGACAAUACCAUCACUUGUGCCGUUAUGGCCUUCGAAGAAGAAUUGACUUGUGCGGCAGGGUCGGGUGUAGCGGCUGAUAUUGCGUGCUGCCGGUGGCACAAUGCGUGCGACGGGCUCCUCAAGUGUUUGGAUGAGCUGUGUUGUGUGGAAGGUAUAGCUCCUUCGCCAAGUCCAUCGCCUGUGCAGAUAGCAACAGGAGAGUUUCUGACAACAUGCGGAGCCUAUGAUGGUAUUGUAUGUGACGAGGGCAAUGAUCUGCUGUCCGAUGUCGAAUGCUGCGAGUUUGAUAAUAGCUGUACAGACAACGUGCUUAAGUGUCGCAGUGGUCUGUGCUGUGCGGAUACAGUUGCUGGACUAAUACCGGUUGUGGAAUCCACUAUAUCUACCACGCAAAUAUCUACUACAUCCAGCUCAGCGGCAUCUGUAGCAUCCAGCACACAGGCAGCUACUACAAAUGGUUUAUCUGAAGACGAGGAUGAGGAUACUCCAGAUGGGAGUGGCACGGAUGUGGACAGGCCCAAUGUUCCUGCCACAGCACAGGACGCGUGUUCGUGCGAGGGUGGUGUAAUCGAUGGACUGUGUUAUGACGACUUAUCUACCGCUAUAGAGACCGCAGACGAUGAAGAUGUGGUCUAUAUAGGAGGCUCGAAAUCCGUUGCCAACCCCAUCCGGUUCAGCAGCAGUGUGACUAUACAAGGGGUAGCGUGCUCAGGCACAUUCCCCACACUCACCGCCACCUUCGACUCUACAGAUGGAGCUAUACUGGAGGCGACCAAUAGCGACACGCAAAAGGUUGAGUUAAUAGAUCUUCGUAUGACUGGCUCGCCCGGUAUGCGUUCCGCAGGCUUCCACACGUUGGGUGCGGAGGGGACUGCGGGGUCUCAGCGAGUUGAGCUAUCCCUAAGCAAUGUGCACAUGUACGAUAUGACCAGUGAACGUCCUGGUGUGGGGGUGUUUGUGGGCAAUUCAGCUGGCCUGGUUGUAGAUGGCGAUUGUACGUUCACCGGCCUGCUGAUGAGUACCAGCGACACGGAUAGGUAUGCGGGUGGAGCCGCCGUGGCAGUUAUCUACCUGGAUAGCCUAUACACCAUCUCCAUCAGUGGUACGUUUGAGGACAACAAAGCCUACUACCCUGAAGCCUCACUACACAGUGGCGGGGGUGCGGUUUAUCUGGACUUUAUGGCUGGCGAUGUCACGUUCGAGCGUGGGGUCGAGUUCAGAAGCAACGAGGCGAAUCAAGGCGGAGCUAUACACGUGCAGGAAAUAGUCGGAGAGAUGAUCGUCGACGGUCUGUAUCUUAGCAACCAGGCCAACGAUGACGGGUUUGGUGCCAGGGGUGGGGCGUUACGGGUUCAGAAGCUGAGCCGAGGGUCCAGAGUAUAUGUUGUAGGUACGUUUACGGACAAUGAAGCUGAGGGACGGGGAGGGGUGGUGGCCACCAAUGUGCACCUACCUACCAGUGAGCUGGUAUUUGACGGCGACUUCAGGCGAAACACGGCGUCGACGGCAGGCGGUGUGUGGUCGUAUUGGUCGAGUGUAGAUAUGGACGGGACAGUUGUGUUUGAGGGAAAUAGUGAAUUCAGUGGUAAUAGAGCUAUACGAGAUGAGGAUACCAGCAUAUACGAUAUGGCUGGCGAGGAUGGCAAUGAGGCUACACUCUCUGAGGAGGACUGGGAAGGAGACACGGUUCAAAUCAAUUAGACAAGUAUGAAUAUAUAUAUAUAUAUAUAUAUAUAU